GGUGCUUGUUGCACGUGCGAAGCGAACGGCCAUGUUGCGACUCGCGAAUGUCAUCGGUGCAACUGUACGUCGCGCGCGCGAGCGGUUCAGUUGACGUUUCACUCGCGAAGUAAAACUCCGAGAUGUCGUUUGGCAGCGGCUUCGGGGCGUCCGCGUCAACGCCCGCACCCACGUUCGCUUUCGGCAGCACCCCGGCUUCCACGGCGACACCGGUUAAACCUGUAGCGGGAUUUGGGACACCCUCGUUUGGCUUUAGUACACCAACCACUUCAACGCCAAGUCUCUUUGGCACUCCGUCGACUCAAACCAGUGGGUUUGGCACUGGUACUGGAUUCGGCACGCCAGCAGCUGCAGGAUUCGGCAGCACGUCAACCACGGGUUUUGGUUCUGCGCCUACUUUUGGCACAGCAUCGACCAGUGCGUUCGGUUCAGCACCAGCUUUUGGUAGCACUCCAGCUUCCUCUACAACCACUGGUUUCGGCACAACUUCGACUUUCGGCAGUACUCCCGCUUCCACUACUGGUUUCGGUGGAUUUGGCACAGCAACGACAACUUCAUCAUUGAGUUUUGGUGGUUUUGGCGGAUUCGGGACGAGUACCACUACAUCUGCCCCCAGCUUGUUCGGUAGCUUUGGCAGUACGAAUACCGCCUCGACAGGUUUUGGUACUUCCACAGGUUUCGGCGCGUUUGGAAGCAAGCCAGCUACCACUAGUACUACCGGAUUUGGUGGGUUCGGAUCAGGAACAGGAUUCACUGGAUUUGGUACUGCACUGACGCAGCCUCAACAGCAACAGCAGCAGCAGCAGCAGCAACAACAAUCCACGAACACUAUAUCAGAAGCUCUUUACAAUGCCGUAUUUAAUUGUCAAUUAUACAAUGACGAACGAGAUAAUACUAUCGCCAGAUGGAAUCUUCUUCAAGCGUUGUGGGGAGUGGGAAAAGCUUACUAUUCUAUAAACGCGCCACCCAUAGAUCUUACUCAGGAGAAUUCGCUUUGUAGAUUUAAAGCUAUUGGAUAUAGUCGUAUACCCGACGCUGACAACAAUGACGGUUUAGUGGUGCUGUGCUUCAGUAAGAAAGAAAAAGACAUGCAGGAUGGAAAGCAACAGUUGAUUGUAUUUUUGAGUGGCCUCUUGGGAAACAAGUCCAAUUUAACGGUGACCAUUGACAAUAUCAAGUCCACGGGGGAGAGCAAGAGCCAAGUGACGGUAUACGUGUCGGAAAAAGGAAUUACCGGGUCUUACAGAAAAAUUCCUGCCAACGAACUCGUCGCGUACUUGUCGCAAGCUAUGCAGAAGCAGCAGCUAAUACAGAACGGAGUCGAGGACGUAUUUCCACUUGUAAAACUUGAUCCGUCGCAGCUUAAAGAGUACCUGGACAAUCCACCUUGCGCUAUCGACGCCAGAUUAUGGAAGCAAGCGCAGUUGGAUAAUCCCAAUCCAGAAUUAUAUAUUCCAGUCCCUAUGAUCGGCUUCCAGCAGGUCAAACACAGAUUAAAGUGUCAGGAAGAGGAGACUGCUAGGCACAGAGCGUUCUUGGACAUGGCAGCGGAAAAGAUACAGGGCCUGCAGAGACAGCAUACAGCCACGCAAGCCAGGCUCAAGGAACACAGACGUACGUUACUGGAGCUUCAACAUCGAGUUCUGCAGGUACUAGUUCGGCAGGAGAUUACACGCAAAGUUGGAUUAUCCUUGCAACCAGAGGAAGAAGUGUUGACACGCAGAUUUGAAGCGAUGCACUCGCAGAUCAGUGCGCCGACACAAUACAAAGGUAGAAUCAGCGAAAUGCUUUCUCAGCUGAGGAUGAGGCGGCAUAUAGACAUCCAAAACCAAGAGAGGUAUGCGAUGGAUCCCAUAGCGCAGGAUGAUAUUAAAGCGUAUCUAAGUAUGGAGCAACAAGGCAUGGCACAACUUAUCGCGACGAUAAAUACCGAUCUAGAGAGUUUAAAAAUCAUUAAGGACGGUAUGUCGGAUCUUUUAGUGAGUCAAAGUAUAUCCUGAGAAUUGUAAUAUGUAAUAAAAUAUUUUCGCACACCUUUGAUACACA